UGUUUCUGAAGUUGCAGACAUGGUCACGUAGAAAGUGUUCACAUUGUGGUGGAUCGAGUUGCAGCGUCUUGGAUAUUUCGUAAAUGGCGCUAAUACGACGAAGUGUUAACAGUAAAGCCGGACGCACUAGGCUACUAUGCUCACCAUUGCGUUCGAAGAAGGCUUCCGUGCUCGUUGGUGCUGCACGGAAGCGAAGGAGUUUUCAAGCCACAAUUGUCAGAACUCCGAAAGCGAAAUCUACUUCAUCUUACGUGAAAGUUGCGGUUCGAGUACGUCCAAGAAACGAUAGAGAAUCCGGAAAUGAAACAGCGAAAACGGUUGUGAAGCCGUUUCAAAACUGCAUCCUUUUCGAUCCAGAUGUAGAAGACGAGAAGGUUUUUUUCCACAAUGGAAGAAUGCGUCAAGUUCCUUCAGCUGCGAGGAAACGGCAUCAGAAUAUAACGUACAGUUAUGAUCAUGUUUUCAGCGAAUCCGAUACGAAUUCAGAAGUAUUCUCGCAGACAAUGACGGAAGUCAUUGAGAAAGUUCUCGAAGGAUACAAUGGUUCCGUGUUCGCUUACGGAGCGACCGGUGCCGGUAAAACUCAUACUAUGCUUGGAAGAGGAAAUGAUCCCGGGAUCACAUUUCUCACUGCUGCUGAACUCUUCAGGAGGACGCAGGAAAGAUCCACCAUGUCUGCCGAAUUUCAGGUGUCUUAUUUAGAGGUGUACAACGAACUUGUGUACGAUCUGAUUGAAAGCGAGCGAGUACCUCUACAAAUUUUGGAUGAUGGUCAAGUUGUUUCCGUGAAAGGACUUAGCUGGCACACUCCGAAGACACCGGAUGAAUUGCUUGAUAUGCUGGUGAAAGGCAAUGAAAACCGCUCGCAGUCUGGUACGGUCGUCAACAAGGAUUCUUCCCGUUCUCAUGCUGUUUUUACUAUUCAGUUGAUCCAACGAGAGUUGGUUUCCGAAGAAGGAAUGGAAUGUAUGGAAAUGCCGAGGUCCCGAUAUUCAAAGUUGGUUCUCGUGGAUCUUGCUGGUAGUGAGCGUGCUGCCGCUACAGCUAGCACUGGAGCUAGAUUCAAGGAAGGAACUAACAUCAACAAGUCACUCCUUGCCUUGGGUCGUUGUAUUAAUGAUCUCGUGGAGGGGAAAGGUCACGUUAAUUACCGCGGAUCCAAAUUAACCAGGCUGUUGAAAGACUGUUUGGGUGGAAAUUGUCGCACUGUGAUGCUGGCGGCGGUAUCUCCGACUUCUCUCCAGUUCGGCGACACGAAAAAUACUUUGGAAUACGCGUCAAGAGCACGAAAAAUAACCUGUUCACUGAAGCAGAAUGUUCGCACCGUAACCCAGUCAACUGCAGAAUGCUUAAAAGUAAUAUCAGAGCUCACUGCAGAUUUGGCGCAAUCGCGGCGACAGAACGCCGAGUUGGAAGCUGAAUUGGCGCAAGUGCGCGAAGAGCGGAAUAUUGCUCGGGCCGAACGCGACGCAUGUAAAGUAGCUCUCGCGAACCAAUCGGAAAAUUCGAGCAUUAGUAUGUUCGAGGAUCAGUUGGUACCUUUGGAGGAGGCUUUCAGAACACAGCGAAUGUUGGACGUGCAACUCCAUGAAGUUUUCCUCGAAAAAAGUUCUGGUCAUUUUCGGCUAGAACGUGCCAAAGUGGUUGAGUCACAAUUGGAUUACAUGCGGCUGUUGACUGACGAGCGAAAGCGAAAGCAAGACUUCUCGAGACUUCGAACUCAAAUUGACCAAAUACUGAGCCGAGUGGGCGUGAAAGAGCAGGAAUUGAGAUUCGCAAUGCAAGAGAACGCGAAUUCCAUAACUUCAGCCAUUGAUGCAAUUAAGACUCGCGUGGAGUCCAUGCAAGGACCUUUCGCCAAGAAAGAUAAAACUCCCCUUGUUUUGCGAUUGGUUGAAGGGAUCCAGGCUAAGUUUGCGGCGCAAGCAGCGAAUGCGACUGAGAGACACUACAAGUUUCUGUUGUCGGAAGCUGAGCGAGAAUUGUGUCACUACCAACGCUUGUCAACAUCGUCUUUCCAGUUGCUAAAGCGCAGCUGUUUGCUUGCUCAAGCCAGUGGACGAGAUGCUGCUAUUGCCAAUUUGAUCAAUUCUCUGUACGACAUCGUGUUCCGUCGCGAUGGGAUUCAUUUUGACGACGAAUUGCGACCGGUGGAACAAAACGGUGACGUGGCCAUUUUGCCGAAUAACAUACUGCUGUCGUUCGGACAAGAUUCGGAUGGAGUUCGAGGAUUUAUUCCGCCCUUUCCAAGUUCUCCGGCCGCAUUGUUCAAGCAGGUCGAUGUUGAAGUGGAGGAAGUUGAGGAGCCAGUUUCUUCCACGACUGUGUGUUUAAAGCCGGAGAUGAAGGAGAAGUGGAUCAAGGUUACAGAUCAGAGUGACAGCGAAGCAAUGGAAAGAGUGGAAGGUUCGGUUGCGGAUCUUCCCGACGAUGUGUCUGUGGAUGAGUUCAAAGGUGAAUGGUCAAAUCUCGUUUCAAGCACACCAUUUGUUCGUCCCACGAAGCCAGCACAGGAACCGUUGCGGCUGUACGGACAACGGUGA